CUCAUUACUGUGUGUAUCAUUUUAUACCCAUUGACCAAACGUCUCGAGUUACAGCUUUGUUUACCAAAAAAAAUUGUUGGGUUUUAUAAUAAAAAGUUUAGAUUACACGCUAAUCAGAUCAUCUGUGUUUGAACAUACAUGUUUAAUCAAAUGAAACCAACCAAUAGCAUGGCUUCAUAGGAAAACAAGUCUAUAUUAUAGGAAGCAAAAGUCUGUUAGCCCCACCCCCAAGUACCAUUAGUUUCUUUGGUUCCAAAGUUCCAGGUUCCUGGUGCAGAAAGUUCUGAAUGAAGCCACUGUGAGGCACCCAACCUGAGGGCUUCAGCACUGACAGUACACUGGCCUAACACUUAAGCUUUCUAGGAUCUAUCACUCUCUCUUUCUCACACACACACACAUACACACACACAGACAGAUAGACAGAUAGACCGUUAGUAUAAGACCACACCCUGGAGUGUUUCAGACUCCACCAGACAUGUGCAGACAUCAACCUGUUACACCAGUCUGAGCUUUACGUCCAUCUGUGUGUGUGUGUGUGUGUGUGUGUGUGAGAGAGUGUGUGAGAGAGAGAGAGAGAGAGAGAAAGUGUGUGUUUUACAUAUUAUGUUAUUUACGUUGUUACCAUGGUGUUAUGAUUGUGGUUUCAGACAGCUCUUUUCUCAACUCUGUACUCUGAGUGUAUUUCUCUCUCUCUCUCUCUCUCUCUCUCUCUCUCUCAUUCUCUCUCUCUCUUUCUCUCUCUCAUUCUCUUUCUCAAUCUCAUUCUCUCUCUCUCUUUCUCGCUCAUUCUCUUUCUCUCUCAUUCUCUUUUUCUCUAUUUCGCUCUCUCUCUCUCUCUGUGAUUGUCUAUAUUUAGGUCACACUGCUGGAGGCCAUUAGAGCUUCACACCAGUCUGACGCCUGUCACACUGUCUGGCCAAAUACCACACACGCACGCACACACACACACACACUGUCUCUCUCUGUCUCUCUCUCUCUCCCAUUUCUCUGAAUGUUCAGUUGCUUCCUCAUGUUUUUUUUCCUAUUUUUUUUUUACACCAGUAAAUCAGUGCUAGCUAAUAUAUAAUGUAACGACAUGCUGUAGGCUCAGAGAAGUGCUAGUGUGAGCAGAAUACACACAACCACAUGUAGAAAUGGAAGGCACUAUUUUAAGCACAUUGCAGUGAUGUACGAGAUUUUUGUGCAGGAAAUAGGUGUGAGUGUACGUGUAUGUGUGUGAGUGUGUUUGUGUAAGGCGUGAAUGUAAAGGUGAGUGUUUGAUAGAAAAGGCUCGGCUUCACUGGAGUUGACGAGGGUUUACAGCCACCUCAUGUGAAGGUGUGUGUGUGUCUGUGACAUGUAGUAACUCAUGCGAACUGUAUCUAGAACAUUUGUCAUGACCUAAUACUAGAUGUUUGAGGAUCAGCUCAGUGUGAUCAGGUGACGUGAUGGAGAUCAGGCGUGAGAUUAAAGGUUGUGUGACUGUAUUCUGUUUUUUAAAGAGAAAAGUACAGGAAAUACUGUGUCGUUGUUUAUUGGUCAGUAAGACGAUCACUGGUGUUGUUUCCAGAUUUUGCUCUCAGUGUGUGUGUGUGUGUGUGUGUGUUUGUGUGUAUUAUACUGUUAAACUGGAGUACAUGGAAUAGAGGCUCUAUUCAUAAGGAAAGAGGGAGGUGUGUGUGUGUGUAUAAUGAUGGCAGUGUUUUUUAUAGUCUUCAACUCUUUAUAUAAAAAUGAUGUAAUCUAUCAAGACUUCAGACAGCACUUGAUUGACAGGGUUGUGGGCAGGGCUUAGACACAUGGCCAAAUUAAAGGACUAUUGUAACUCACCAUGAUUGUGUGUGUGUGUGUGUGGGCAGUGGAAUGUUAGGAGACUCAUAUGUAUUGCGCAUGGAGCUGACACUCCUGAUUGGUGGAGAUGGAGUGUGGGAGGAGAAUGGAAUGAAAGAGUGCCAGUGUUGGCCUAUCACAGUCGAGGUCUGUUGAGGCGUGUGUGUGUGUGUUUGUGUGUAUGUGUGUGUGUAUGUUGUUAUUACUACAAUGUCCCUACAGUAACACAUGGAGAAAGGGAGACAGGGAUGCAUGUCGGUGUUUAUUACGGGAUUAUGUGAGGAUUAUGUGGAGAUUGCGAUCGGAAUGGCGGGAUUAGAGCUGCAACAUGGUCUUAAGCGAGUCUGAGGAGAAAGGAAAGUCUUGUGAUGAAGAUUUAUUGGAUGUUGAUCUCUGCAAUCAAAUGAAGCUUAAAGAGAAGGAGGAGGGAGCACAAGUCCAGAGUUUUGGAAUAAAUUAUGAUGUAAUAAAUUUCUGGUCCAGGAUCUGGAUGGCUGACCGUCUGUUUUUCCAGCACACGUUUGAUGACAUCAUCUAAUUUUUCCAGAACUUUCAGCAGGACAGGAGUUGAACAGCUCAACACAGCUUUUGGAUUUCUGUCUCUCUCUCUCUGCUUAGAUUGUGAUUUGUUCCUGGUUCCCACUUAUCUCACAUCUCAGACCCUCAAUACACACUGGUUCUCUGCAGAGUGUUUCUUUGUGUGUGUGUGUGUGUGUACUUGAUGUGGGUUUUGAAAGAAAGUGACCAAAAAACCAGAAUAUCGAGUCAGGAGGUUGUAGUUGCUCUCUAAACUAACUGUUAUUGUAACUUCCUGUUGAUGUAACUUCCUGUUGCCCGGUGUGUGUGUGUGACUCACUGAGCUGUUUCCUGCCAUGUUUGGUAGCGUUAAAAAGAUGGUGUCUGCAUUUGAGACAAGAAAACAAUCCCGUCCACCACCUCCAUCCCUCUCUUCACUCUGUUCCUCCUCCCAAAAUCCCUCCCACAACCAACAGAGCCCAUCCUUUUCCACCACACCCAGUCCAGUUCUAAAAACACUCCCCUGUCUGUCCACCACACCUGAGCCCGUCUCCUCUCAGACCUCAAGACAUGCCCCCUCGUCUUGUACGCUUUCACAUCUGGUUAUGAGUGAGAGAUGCCAUGAUCCUGAUAGAGAGAUGCAGGAUGUUGUGUUGAGAAGAGGUCAAGAAGGGCGGAGGAUUCCACGUGUCAGGCUGCGUGAUUCUUGGCCAGUAGGAAAGCUCGACUGCUUUGAACGGAACUUCCUCUCAUUUGUCACAGUAGAAACAAAAGAACCAAUCAGCUGUUCCAAAUGUCCUCCAGAAUUUAAUAGAAGUAGACUGAGACCCAUACACUGCAAAUCCACCUCCAUCACAGAACUCAACACCACCUCCACCACAGGACUCAACACCACCUCCACCACAGGGCUCAACACCACCUCCACCACAGGGCUCAACACCACCUCCACCACAAGGCUUAACACCACCUCAACCACAGGACUCAACACCACCUCCACCACAGGGCUUAACACCACCUCAACCACAGGACUCAUCACCAACCCCACCAAAGGGCUCAACACCACCUCCACCACAGGGCUCAACACCAACUCCACCAAAGGGCUCAACACCACCUCCACCACAGGGCUCAACACCAACUCCACCAAAGGGCUCAACACCACCUCCACCACAGGACUCAACGCUACCUCCACCACAGGGCUCAAUGCCACCUCCACCACAGGACUCAACACCACCUCCACCACAGGACUCAACACCACCUCCACCACAGGACUCAACACCACCUCCACCACAGGACUCAUCACCACCUCCACCAUAGGGCUUAAUACCACCUCCACCACAGGGCUCAUCACCACCUCCACCACAGGGCUCAACGCCACCUCCACCACAGGGCUCAACACCACCUCCACCACAAGACAUCACUCCACCAUAGGGACUAAUGUUAGCUCUACUGUAAGCACUACUGCUAAGGUCACUGGAGGAACUUACAGUCGUUUAACUAGAGAGACCAGUUCUAAGUUGACCAUAGAGGCUAAUGCUAAUGCUAACUCACCGUUGUCUCUUGGAUGUCAUCAUCCGGUUCUUGUUUCUGGUGCUAAUAAAAGCUCAUUUGAACCUCCUGGAGUUCCUGUCUAUCCAAAACAAGUGAUUCUGGGUAAUGCUGCUGCUGGAACCCUGAGUGGGGAGAGGGGCCAGGGAAAGGGCAAUGCAGUCCAACACCAGUUAGGACUCCGUCCCUCUGACACCACCUUUUUCACCCUGCUGCUGCUCUUACGCAGUGGGUCCAGUAACAGCAUGAUUGCCAUAGACAACAAGAUUGAGCAAGCCAUGGACCUGGUGAAGGCACACCUGAUGCUGGCUGUAAGGGAGGAGGUGGAGGUUCUGAGGGAACAGAUAAAGGAGCUCUUAGAGAGAAACGCUCAACUGGAGAGAGAGAACUACAUCCUCCGAGCUCUCAGGGAGAACCAGUGACAUGCCCAGAACCCAGUUCUUCAUUGGAAAUGUGGUCUUCAGCAUCAUGGGAAAUGUGGUCCUUUCUGCCUGGGGUCUGAUCUGAAAUCUGAGGGUCCAGAGAAGUUUUCAACAACAGACAAUAAAUAUAAAAAAAGGGCUUGAAUUAAGGAUGUAAAAGAAUUUUAGAUUGUGACACACAGUGGUUGUAAACAGAUUGAUGCUAAUCCAUUAAUAGUGUUAAAAUCAUUGACACUGAAUUAUGUAUGUUUAUUUAUAGUGUUAUGACGAGUAUGUGUGUGUGUACGAGAGAGAGAGUGUGUGUGUGUGUGUUAGAGAGAAAGAGAGAGAGUGUGUGUGUGUGUGUGUGUGUGAGAGAGAGAGAGAGAGAGAGAAUAGUGAGCUUUGUUUUUAUAAUAAUGUAUUGGUCCAUGGUUAUGACUGUUUGAGGUGGAUGAUGUGUUUGUUGGGAUUAACGAACAGGUUUCUGUACGAACAUG